AUGUCAUCGCCACUGGAUCCUCCCCCGUUCUCCCGACAACGGGGUGGAAAGUUUGCUGGGAGGGGUCGAGGCUUUCAUCACCACGGGGGCCCCUCGCGUUCAGGUGGGCCCCACAGAGCAGGAGGAGGUGGUUUGCAGCAUGGACACGGGAGUCAGGGGGGGGGGGGAGGGGGCCCCCCGCUGCAGCAGCAGCAGCCGUACCCUCCCCUUUCCGGGGCGUUCGCAGGGCCUCAUGGGGGCCCCGACGCGGAAAGCCUCCCGCCUCCGAAUAUGGGGGCCCCUGCCCAUGCAGGGCCCCACCACUUGCCGAGGGGGGGAGGCCCCCAGAUGCAGCAGCAGCAGCAGCAGCCGCUGCCGCCGCCUCACGUGCAUGGGGGGGCCCCACAUCAACAGCCCUUCGUGAGAAGCCGGGGGGCGCAGCAACAGCAGCAACAACAGCCCCAGCAGCAGCUGCCAGCGGCGGAAGGGCAGCAGCAGCAGCCUCCCAUGAGCCAUGCCUUCGAACAUCACCAUGUGCAGCAGCAGCAGCAGCAAGCAGCAGCAGCAGCAAUGAUGCAUGGAGGCGGCCGUGUGGCCCCUGUGCUCAUGGGGCCCCCCUCGGCCGGUGCGGCCAGCACGGCCCCUCCGGGGGCUGCGCUGGGUGAAGGGACGGGGGGCCCCCACCAUGGGGGGGGGCCCCCGCAUCGGUUCGAAGGGCCCCACCACCACGGCGAGACGCUGCAGCAGCAGCACGCGCAGCAGCAGCAGCAGUUGCUGCACGUGGCCGAGCUUCAAGAGCAGGGGGCCGAGAGAGGGGGCCCUCCGCACCCGAUGCACUUGGACCCGCAGCAUCCCCAACACUACGGCCGGGGGCCCCCCCCGGGAGCGAUGGGGGACGCCUCAGUGCAGCAGCCACAGCAUCACCACCAUGUUGGAGGGCCUCACGGGGCAGCAGCAGCGGCAGCAGCAGCGGCAGCGGCUGCCGCAGGCUACCGGUACGAUCCACUCUCUCUGGUUGGCUCGUACGGGGCCCCCCUGGCGAUGUAUCCCGCCUAUGGGGCCAUGUGGGGGGGGCCCCCCGGGGCUCUCCAGCAGAGGCCUCAGCAGCACCCCUUGCAGCAGGCGGGCCCCCGCAAGAAGAAUGCUCUGGAGAUUAGAGACCCCAAAACAGGGAGAGCAGCAGCAGCAGGAGGCCUUGCGCGCCCAGCAGGAGCAGCAGCAGCACCGGGUACCUUUACCGUAAGGGAGUUGGUGGGGUUGUACCGUGUGUUGAAGCCUCACAUAACGACUCCAGAGUGGGGAUUCUUCCGCUGCGGAGAUUUAGACGAGAUGCGGAGGCAAAACGCGAGCAGCAGCAGCAGCAGCAGUGGCGUGAGUAGCAGCUCUGCUGGCGGAUUAGGCAGCUUAAGGGAUUGGCAAAGGCGUCAGGGCCCCACUGCUAGCAACAUGAAUAACGGCUUGGGGUCAGGUGUCUUUGGAGCAGCAAGGAGACAAGGGCCCUGUGCAGUCAACACCCCUGCUGGUGGAGGCGGAACAAACAGCACAAAUACCAGCGCCUUCAGAUCCUCGAAAACUCCCGGAGAUACCGAUGCAGGGGCAGGAGAUGGACGGCUUAGCGCUGCUGGAGGCUCUGCUGCAAAUAACCCCUUGCUGUGGAGAGGAGGAUCUGGAGCCACAGGAGGCCCUAGGGGCCCUCUUUCCGUUGGCAGGGGUCCUCCCACCGACGGCUAUGCGAAACUCAGUGGCUUCUUUGGCAAUCGCCCUCCUCCACCCUCUCGCGAGCCUCCCGCAAUGCGCAUGCCUGCUGCGUCGACGUUCCGAGUCAACAGAGACUUCAAUCCACGCGAGAGGAAGCGCAGAACUCUGAACGCUCUGCUCAACAAGCUGACGAUUGACAAUUUUGGUGUUGUUUGCGAGAAGAUUUGCAUAGAGGAAGAGCAGUUCGAGUCCUUAGAGGACCUGCAGCUACUUGCAGAUCUCCUUUUCAACAAGGCAGUGUCUGAACCCGAAUACAGCGAAAUGUAUGCGGAUCUCUACCAAAUCCUCCGCUGGAGGAGCCCUGAGUUCGCUCUUCCCGGAGAAGAGAGACGCGUCAACUUCCACAGGACCUUCGUCAAUCGAUGCCAAGACGAGUUCGAGAAGCUGCAAGGCGAAAAUGUGCUUGUCAUCACCGAGGAGGAACGUGCCGAGUGCGUGGACACCGACGAUGAAGCAAAACUUCUUAAGAAGAAAAAAACUCGCGUUUUGGGGAAUAUGCGCUUUAUCGGAGAACUCUUCCUCCGUCGGGCACUCAGUCCCAAGGUGCUCAAUGACGUUGUUCAUUCACUCGUAUUCAGCAGCAAGGGAGACAGCUUCCCGGAUGAGCACUUUAUUGAGUGCCUCACGGAGCUCCUUACGACCAUCGGUUACACGAUGGACCUACAGGACUCAUCUAGGGGGAUGAUGAACGAAUUCAUUGGGAAGCUGCAGGAAUUGCAGCUACGCGCAGGAUACUGCAGCAGGAUUACUUUUAAGAUUCAGGAUCUGCUGGAUUUGCGCCAGCGUCACUGGACGAAGAAGGUCUUUAGGGAUGUUGCGAAGUCUGUUGCCGAGAUUAGAGAAGACGCAAAGCGGGAUGAGUUGAUGGGAGGCGCCAUCAAGGUGGCCCAGGAGGGAGUGUUUCUUACGGUGGGGUUGCGGCGCGAGAUGCCCUAUAAGGGCUACUUAGAUGAGCAGCGGAAGCUGUUGGAUUCACGGCGUGCUGUAGCGGCAGCGGGAGAUGCGGCAGCAGGCAAGACGGCGGCAGCCAGCAAAAGCAUUGCGACAACAAAAACUGUCGUAAACAGCGGCAGCAGCAGCACCCCGCGGCCCUUUACGAGCGGAGUCGGUGCUUACAGUCCAGGGGUUGGUGUGGGGGUGACAGCGGGAGGAGCUCCACUUGCUGCUGCGUCGACAGCGGGAGCUGCCGAGGCAGCAGCUGGCACUCCUGGCAGUAGUGGCGUUGCCUGUGCCUUGGAUGCCUCGUUGCCUCCAAGCGAAAUCCCGGCGCUUAAAACGGAAGUUGAUCUUCUUGUGUUUGAAUUUGUUCUAGAAGAGGCCCCCAUCGAGGCUUCUGUUGCCGAGUGGCGCUCCCUGCGCUUGCCGGUACAGCAGAGCGCUGGGCAGCUUGCCGCUGUCUUCACGAAAGCUCUAAACGAGUCGAGAGCCAGCAAGGCUGCUCGAUACGGCACGCUGCUCGGUCGCCUCGCUGCAGAGCACCUCAAGUUGACAGGGGACGUGACAGUCCUCAUGAGCUACAUAAGGGCACUAGUUAUUUCGCAAGUUGCAGACUUGGCCGUCGAUAACCCAAGGGCCCCGCAAAUAUGCAGCGGGGCUUUCGGGGGCCUCCUCUGCUCAGAGGCAUGGGGCCCCCAGGCGGAGCAGCAGAUCACCAGAAAAGGCGUGCUGCUGCCAGUGCCAGAAUCCGAAGCUCUUGCAGUCCAGAUUUGUAAGGGUAUCCUCACUCUGGUCAAAAGUCAAACUCCCGAUCGAGUUACCCGCGUGCGGAGUCUUUUAGAGGCGACGCUUGUUGCUUCCAUCCCGAACUGCACUGCAGCAGCGGCAGCAAGCAUGCUUUAG